AUGCCGCGUCUCAGCGUCCUCCCAGCCCUGCUGCUGGCCUGGACCUUGGCAGUGGCGAGGCUGCCCGAGGAUGCCGCCCCGGAGGAGCAGCCGCCGGCGGACAGCCUCGUCCCGAAAAAACCAGCGUCCGUCACCGUUACCAGGAGACGGCGCCCGGACGACCCCGCCGGCAUGACCGCGGCGCAGAUCGUCGCGGCGGUCCGGACGGCGAGCACCAGCCGCCGCCGCCUCCAGAAUGAUGAAGAGGCGCCUCAUGAAAACCGCCGCCUCCAGGACAUGCUGGACCUCAAGGACACCUUCGUCGAGAAGGCCGAGAUGACGCGCGAGAUCGACAGCGUCACGCCGUAUUGGGGCAGCGCGAACGGCGGCACGCGUUUGCACAUCGACGGCACGGGCUUCGCGACCGAGUUUUUUAGUGGGAAGAACAAGGUCAUGAUCGGCGACGACAAUAAUGGCUGGGUGGCCUGCGACGUCGUCGAGGGCGCCUGCACCGUCGACUGCGGCGGCGAUAAACGGAUCGUCUGCGACACGCGCGCGUGGACGUCUGACACCACGGCCGGGUGGUUCGACGUCUGGGUCCAGGUCGACGACACGAUCUCGACGUACGAUUUGAUCAGGACGAACUGCUUCCACUACCUGAGCUCGACGUGGAACAGCGGCGUGCCGCGCCUGACUCAUAUAUAUCCUAGACACGCUGCUGCUGGAAGCGGUAUUGCCCUGCGGGGCCAGGGACUGGGCCGCUACGUGUCCGAGUAUCGAACGAUUUAUAUAGGUGCGGGCCGGCCCCCGCAAGGAGGCAACAUCCAAGUCGAGAGCGGCUUCGUCAAGGAGGAACGGUCGACGCACGCUCUGUGUCGGGCCGACGACCUGAACUUCGCCGUGAACGACAAAACAGGAGAAGUGGACUCCUUCUCCCUACCGGUGCUGGUCGAGGACGCGGUCUUAGGACACAACUCGCCCAUCACGGAGAACGCAGUGAAUUGCUACCUCGGAGACUUCCCGUCGGGCUCCUACAACGCGUCGGCGCACAUGUCCGCGACCGACGGGCUCGACUCCAUGAGUGACGGCUCGGAUCGGUACGGCGGGCUCACGUUCGAGCGCUUCACGGACCUGUCUCGGGACGCCUUCGGGGAGGUCUACGCGUUCCAAUACUACCCGCACGUUUCACGGGUCAUGCCCGCCGUCGGGUCGCUGGAAGGCGGCACGCUGAUCACUAUCAGUGGCGGCGGCUUCAGCGACGACGAGACGCAGGUCUUCGUCUCGAUCGGCGGCCGCGACUGCGAGGUGCUCCGGUCGACGCUCGUGGAGGUGGUCUGUCGGACGGGCGAUUUAUCUUCCGUCGACGAAGGAUUACCGCAGGACCAUCACGUCGAGCUCGGGAGCCUGGAACCUCCCGUGACGCCGGCGCCGACGCAGGACCAUAGCUGGACCGUCACCGCAUCAAGUGCGGUACAAGAAGAGGGCCUCUGGUCGACCGUAAGCACCUACAUGGAAGCACCGGCCUGCGGCGUGCCGCCCUGCACGCCGUCGUGGCUCGUCCUCGCGCCGUCGGACGUCGCGCUCGACGGCUCCUACGAGGUGACGCUCACGACGCCCGGCGACGUGGCGUGCACGACGGGGGACGCCUACGUCGCGUCGCAAGCUUCUGUAUUGGUCGCCGACGCCGCGCGCGGCUACGUGCCGCUCAACGUUUCUUUGAUUGAACCUUCUAUCGUGCUGGGCCGCUUUAGUUUCGCGGCGGGUUCGGGCGACGGGCGGCGCGGCGCGGUCAUCGUCGACACGGUCGGCGCCGACGGCUGCGUCGUCGUCAUAAGCGUGACCGCCCAGCGCGUCGGUCCCAUGGCCGGCGGCGACUGCGCGGACCCGCUCGCCGCGAACUACGUCGCGGGCUCCACGUCUACAUGCGACUGCGUCUACGUCGGCGGGCGCGGGCUGCGCCAGCGCGCGUGGUCGCUCAUGGCUCCCGAUUAUCGAGACGGGUCCUGGCUCAAGGAUGACGACGUCCACGACGCGUACGCGACGGGCCGCUCCUGCAAGGCGCCCGGCAACGCGUCGCAGACGAACUACUCGAGCUUCCACGGGAGCUGCAGCAACCCCCGGAACCCGAAGCUGCCGCUCAUCCCCGAGGUGGGCCUGCCCAUCGAGACGAUCGUCGCGACGCCGCCCACCGUGACGCCGCAGCCGACGACUGGGCCGACGCCGCGGCCCACCACCGGCAGCCUGGACCCGGAUCUCCUCGACCCCAGCGGGCCUGGCGGCACGACCACGCCGCUCACGCCCGUCGCGGGCCUCCCGAGCACCUCGAUCACCAACUUGGACCCGGACACGCCGAUCCUGGCGAUGCCGGCGGGCGACACGCUCGCCGCCGGGCCCAUCACCUCGCCGCUGGUCGAGGCCUCGAUCAGCGACACGCUGACGGGCGAGGUUUUGGUCGAGCCCGUCGAAACGAUCAACCCGCUCACGGGCGUCACGGAGACAAAGGAAGCCGCGCCGAUCCUCGUGGGCAUCGACACGAUCGAGCCCGAGCCCCUCGAGCCUCUCUCGCCCAUCUCGUCGCUCGUGUCGACGUCGUCGCUAUCGAACGACGGGCUCUCCAUGCGGCGCCGCCUCACGGAGGAAGACGACGACGGCGUCUGCCUGCCCCCCGUCAAACCGAAGACGGGUCGCAUCGAGGCGCCGGUCGUCCCCGAGGAGGCCGCGGAGGCCUUUUGCUGCCUGUCGAGCGACUGGCACGGCUGCGAGGCGACGUGGAACCUGGCGGACAAGGACGGUUUCGUGGACGUGUUACGGCAGGACGCGAAGAUGUGCGCGCCGUUUACGGUCGACGAACUGCGGCGGUCCUGCUACUCGUGCCUCGGCUUCGACGCGCCGGGCGCGCACCAGCCCGUCUGCCACUGCUGUUCGCGACUGGACGAGCUCGAGUUCAUGCGCACGCUCUCCGACGGUCGCUUGGAGUUGAAGCUCGAGUGGCCCGGCACGCUCCUCGACUACAUGCACUGGCGGCAGCGCAUGAACCCCGCGCAGUUCGACCUGAAGACGCGCGCGGAGCAGUACGAAUGGAACACGACGGCGACCGAAGCCGAGGACUACGAGGCCAUCCACGCGCCCUACUUCGAAGCGAAUUAUUGGGGCGGCCUCGAGUACGGCGGCACCUACUCGCUGCUGGACGGUUCGUAUAAUCGCGAACACGACUGGUGGUACGCCGUCGGGAGCUUCGAGAACUCCAACAACAACAACAUCCCCAGUACAACUGGAGACGAGUUCGUGGGCGACGCCACCGAAGACACCUGGGUCCGGCGGGCGACGCUCAAGGCCAAGCCCGACUACACGUACUUCCAGCCCAAGUGCAUCUCCUGCGAGGCGUGCUACGAUUCCGACGGCUACUGGCGGGGCGAGACCACGACGGAAACGUGGCAGGACACGACGGCCUGCACGCUGGGCCAGGCCUGCGCGUUCGACCGGAUUGUAAGGAAGAGCGUGCCGGGCUGCCCCGCCAUCUGCAGGGGCAUGCGGAUCCGCGCGUUCGAGGCGUGCGCGGCGCACCACACUUUGAUUGUGAGAGACCGCUACUCCUCAAAUACCACAGCGGGCGGCAACUGCACGGGCAACUGCACCGCGGUGGACGUGAUCAACACGCACGACAUCGGCGCCGUGCCCGCGUACCGGCCGGGCGCGGGCGCCUUCGAGGGCUUCUUCGUCGCGCCCAAGGCCGCUUCUUAUGUGUUUGUGGGCGUCUGGGACGCGGCCCUCGAGCUGUCUCUAUCCUCAACGAGCGACCCGCGGCACCUCCAGGUUAUUCUGGGUGGCGCGACGCAGACGCCGCCCUCGAACAAUGACGUCGUGGGCGGCUGGACGCACUUCGACGGCCACUGGUACUUCGGAUCGACGGAGUUGAAGAACUGGGCCGACGCGCAGGCCGCGUGCCAGGCCGAGGGCGCGACGCUCGCUGAAAUCAAUUCUGCGGAAGAGCAGGCCUUCCUGUAUGGCCUGUGCGACGGCGUCAGCUCCUGGCAGUGCUGGAUCGGCGGCUCUGGCUCUCUGCCUGCGGGCAUGUGGCGCUGGCAGUCGACGGGGGAGCUCUUCGCGGCGGGAUUCGCGGACACCGUCACCGCCGCGCCGGGCGCCUACACGAACUGGGACAGCAUUGAGCCGAACAACAACGGUCAGCCGAACUGGAAGAGCGAACAGGGGUGCGUGGCCAUGUACGCCUACUCAAAUGGCGUGUGGGACGACCAGUACUGCACCUACGGGAUACCGUACGUCUGCGAGUCGGCGCUCCACGCCAAGCGGCGGCCGGCUGCGGAACGCCGUCGUCCAGAAGUGCGCCGGCGUCGUCGACGACUGUGCGGCGCGGGCCAUCGGCGCAGACGAGUGCCCUUCCUCUAUACCCUCGAAAAACUGCGAAAACGUCGCCACCGGCGAGCUCUGCGAGGGCGACGGCGAAUGCGGGACGGACCCGGAUCUGGACAACUGCGAUGGACAAGACGUCUACCGAGCCAUCAGGCAGCCGCUGGUUCUAGUGGAUUGCGCGGACGCUCUCGUGUUCGAGAGCAGCUGGCUCAACGUCACGAAGCUCGACCAGGCGCGGCACGGCCUCUUCCACUUCGACCGCGACCAGGGGCCGCCAGGUUACGAUCCCGACGGCGUGACCUGGACGAAUGAAGUGGAAGGUGCGUGGGACUGGUGGUACCCGGUGGGUUUGAUACCUUACGACGUCACGAACAUAAGUACGAUGUCCUUUCUGAUGGCCGGCAACUCGACGCUGGAGAUCGAGACAUCUUUGUGUGGCCCGGACUCCCCGGGGGGCUGCCCCACCUUUCUCCGCGUGACGCCUGGAAGUCCGACGGCGGCACCGACGUCGCUGCCCACAUUCUCGCCGACGAGCGCGCCGACUCUUGUCCCGACGAAGGCCCCGACGGGCUGGCCGACGAAAGUGCCCAUCCCCGCGCCGUCGCCGAGGCCGACUACGCGGCCGACGUGGGUGCCGUGGCCUGCGCCCACGACAGCGCCCACGCCGAGGCCGUGGCCGGCGCCGACGCCCUUGCGCGGCCACCCCACGGCGGCGCCGGUCGUGGCUCCGACGCCGCCGCCAUCGGCCCCGCCGACCGCGGCGCCCGGGGUUUCGACGCCCGGGCCCACGGCUUACCCGCUGCCAGCGCCCACGCCGCGCCCGGUGGAGGCAGCCGAGGACGACGACAACAGCGGUCGCCGCGGCCUCGUCGAGUCCGCAGGAGUAUGGAGUCUCGCAACGGUGGGUAUCACAAUGACUGGUAUCACUAUCGCGACGAUUGCGAACGCUGCGCAGGAGCAGUGCGCAUUAGGACCGACAAUCGUUUACGAGGCUGGCACGAAGCAUCCCUACUACAUUACGCCGAACCUUUGUACCAUCGGCGCCCACACGUACGCCUCCAAGAAGACCCUGCGCGACGCCUCGCCGCGCAAGGUUUGCCGCAAGUUUUGCGAGGCGGCGUCGUCGGGGAAGGGCAAACUGGCGCUGAAACAUGUGCAAGGCCUGACGUGCUACUGCAAGCGGAGCUAGAGCUCCCCUGCCGCCGCAUCAUGAAUCCGCCCCUUUUCUCCUUACUUACCUACCUUACUUCCACAACGAAUCGCCAUUCUCAGUCUAAUUCUCUAUGUUAUUAA